CCUCCGUUGUGCAUGUGUGAUGUCACUACUUUAGAAAGGCCCUGCCCCUCUGCAACUAAGUCAGCGUUUACGCACACUGCGAGUGCAGACAUGAGUCGGGCGCUUGUAUGUGUGCUGACGGCUGCUUGGAGUCUGGGAAUCAGCGGCCAGACGGUGCACCAGCCGGAACCUGAAGUCCCCGCCGUCGAGGGUGAAGCAGUGACGCUAGGCUGCAGCUCUGACAGUUCGAUAUCCACCGAGUACAUCUUCUGGUACAAACAAGAAGUGAACUCAUUGCCGGACUUCAUCCUGAGCACAUCUCAGUUCGGUCAGGGCAAGAAGGGAGAAAAAUACGCUGACAGGUAUCACUGUCGCAUGGAUGCCAGCACUUGGCAAGCUCCUCUGCAUAUCGAACACGUGAAGCCCAGCGAUUCGGGAGUCUUCUACUGCGCCCUGCGGCCCACACUGACACAUUUACUGGCGUGCCUGCACAAAAACACCUGCACCCGCCUCAUCUCAUGGCCGCAGCUACCUCGUCAUGGUCUUCUCAUGAAGACCGUCCUGGCUCAUCAGUCUAUGGCCGAGAAAGAGGGGGGUUUGGGGGAUGUGUCAGGAGGUUGGAGAUUACUUUUUGGAACCGGAACCCGACUGACUGUGGAGACUCGGGAGGACUUCGAUCCAUCCUUCUACAAACUUGAGGCCAGCAACCUGACGGCAUGUCUCGCCACCGGCUUCAGCCAACGCAAUGCCAUGGAGAAGGUGGGAAAAGGUCACAUGUUCGAGGAGUCUCGCCCUGUGCGAAUAUCGGACGACUCGUUAUACAACCAGGUGGCAGUGCUCACAACCGCACAUAACGACACGUGCGAGGAAGGUGACAGUGGACAAGGGCAGUGCCAGGACGCGUUGCUGCCAGACGAGAAGGUGAACCUCCUGUCCCUCGCCGUCCUCGCCCUCCGCCUCGUCUUCGCUAAGACGCUCGCCAUCAACUGUGUCAUGACACUGGGCCUGUGGUUCGGGGCAACGGAGUAGCCAGCACGGCGCCACCAUCUUCCUCUUGCUGCUGUGCUUGUGUGAGAACAUGGCACUUUUUACAUGUCAGUGAGCU